AAUAUGUAUGGCACCUUGGAAGUUGGAACAGGGUGAUUGUUAAUUUGCUAAUUUAAAACUCUAAACUGCCAUGUAUCUGUAUGUCACUGUAGUGGGAGUUGCUGUAGUUUAAUGAAAUUUUCGGGAUGUGUCCUCUCUUCCUUUCAGCAAUUACACCACAAUGCCAUCAAACCCUUCUCUUCCGUGUUCAAAAGUCGAACUCCAGCGCCGCAGUGAACACGCACAAGACAUCUCACUGAUUGCCUCCUCUCAUUCGUGUUCGAAGUUGGCAGGCUCUGAAAAUCGAAAGCUUUCCAGGUACUAAAGCUUGGGCUACUUUUGAUAGCGAAGCCAGUUCCAUUUUGCUGAUCAACCAAGAAGCUUCUCCCAUAACUGAAAUAGGCGUCAUUCUAAGAAACAGGAAAAGAAUAUACCAAAAAAUAACUGAAAAAUAAAUGGGAUUCCCUUAAAGAACAUUGGAAAUUAUGGAAAGAAUUGAAGGGGAAAAAGACCGGUCUUGGGUGGGAUCACAAGAAACGGACUAUUGAUGCAUCCGAGGAGUGGUGGCGUGGCAAAAUUGAGAAAAACAAGGAAUAUGCAAUGUUCAAAGAAAAAGGGGAUUACACCUGAGUUUGAAGUCAAGUUGGAUAAGAUGUUCAUGGGUAUUGCAGCCACCGGAAAGCAUGCAUAUGCACCAUCUUCUACACUACCCAUUCCUAGAAGUCCAGAGCAAGGUGGCAACCUUGAAGGUAGUGGUGACUCUGAGGACAAUGAUCAACCUAAAACCACUCUACCUAAAAGAAAAAGAAAUGAGAGAGCUGAGAAAGGUAAAGGACAAAUACCAAAAAAGGAAAAGGUGGGAGGUGCUGCUUAUUUGGCUAAACAAAUUGACCGAAUGUGUGAGUCAGUUGACAGUAGAAGUACAACAACUUCAAUGAUCAAUACAGGUGUGCAGGAAGGUGGAGGGACUAGUAUUAAGGAAGUGAUGAAGGAUGUCACUUCAUUGCCUGGAGUUGAGCAGGGUAGUAGGCUGUGGUUUUUUACCACCCGAUUGUUUUUAAGUUCAGAGAAGAGAGAGAUGUAUUGCACCAUGGAUGAUCCUAACUUGAAGUUGGAGUGGCUGAAAUUUGAGAUGAAUGAAAAAUAGAAUUAGGUUAUGUUUGAGAUUUUAAGUUUGUGUUUCUUUCAGCAUGUUUUUAUGACGAGAUUUGAAGUUGAUCUUAUCUUUUUCAGCAUGUGUGAGGCAAUUCCCUAAACCCUAUUUUAUUAUAUAAACCUUAUUAUAUUGCUAAUGGAUUAUUAAAUGUACUAAUGUCUUA